UUAACCGUUCACAUUUUCCGACUCACUACAGUCGCUGUCAACAUUUACGGGAUGUCGAGUCCCUCGGGCACAAGUGAGCUGGAAAAGAUUGAAGAAGAUCUGCGCCAUGUGGCCGCUCAGAUACAGCAGCUCAGAGACCGGCAGUCCAUUCUGGAGAUGCUGGAGGAGUUCAGGAAAUCUAGCCCCCAGAGCAUAAAAGCGGCAGCUGAGCAGCAGGCUGAGAUGGAGAGCAUUCAGAAGACCUUGAGGGAGCUGUUAGAGAAGCAGGAACAGCUGCAGAAGCAGAGCGAUGGGACCCUCUUCCCAAAAACCAAACGGGAAGAGAUUCAAAGGAUCAUCAGCAAAGGCGGCGUGGCCGUCCUUCCUCCCCAGUACGGCUUCGAUGUUGUGGCUCCACCACCUGUUCCUGCUCCACAGAUAAUCACGGACUUAGAGAACCUGCCCGCUUGUCCCACACAUACUGUGUGCCCCUCGUGCCAACAGUACAUCAUCACAGAGACAGUCUCCAGAGUGGGUGGAAUAACCUGGAUGGUUUGCAUCAUGUGCAUUCUGAUUGGGUGCGUCGCUGGCUGCUUUCUGCUCCCGUUUUGCAUGAAGAGCUUCAAGGACACUGUGCACAGGUGCCCAAAGUGUCGUUCCGAGAUCCACACCACCAGGAAGCUGUGAGCUGCUUUGCAUGCAGUGCUCACGGACUCUCACUGUUGAAGGGCUUUCUGGGGACCCUACAUGGACUUGCUGCCAGAAUGGACUAAUUUCACCAUGAAGAGUGAAUUCAACCUCAACCAAUGGGAUUCACACCCCCAUCAUGAAGAAGGGGAAGGCUGAGUGGGUGAACUGUGGAGAGGUGUAGAGCUACAGAAAUUUUUCCUGUGACUUCCUAGGAUAGCAGACCCCUUGAGCCAUGUCUUCAUUGGGUUUGCUCUUCUGCUGUGCUCAUUAUACUUUUCCUUGACCAAUCCCAGGUUCAACCUCACCCUGGGAACCCGUAUGUACACUUUAAACAAUAAUACAGCAUUUUGGCCCAUGACCAGAAGCUGCCAGAUGACUGCUUUUCAACAUCGAGAGUGUUCAGCUCUUCUCAUGAAGUGUCUAAGAGUGGGCUGUGAUUUCUGUUUAAUUCAUCACGUAGUUUCCCUCAGCUUUAGAUGUUUCCGAAGCAGCAGAACAAUAUCCGCAGCAGUGCAGUCACGGUCCUUUAUUACAUUUAUUAGCACAAGAAGGCUAAGAUAUAUAUAAAACUGUUUAUCCAUUUAAACCAUCAACAAAAAAUAGUUGAUAUGGUACAUAUGUAUAAAAAUAUGCAAUACAUUUAUAUAUGUAUAAAAAAUUAUAUACAUAAUGUGCAAAAAGAUGGCAUCACAACAAUGUCUCAGAGGCUAACAAGGGGGUAUAAAUUUGUAAGAAGUUUCGAUUGCACAGUGCAGCUCAGUGCUAGCCACUGCUCACAUGAGCAAUCUUUAAGGAGUGUUUGAAACACAGGAACAACAUUUUGGGAAAUGUGGUGCAAGACCAAAGACGGUGGACAGAUAUGGAUUCUGAACACAGGCUGAAAGAAUGAAAAAAUGGAUUAGGGUAAAUGAGCUACUGGCGCACAGUGGAACCUGCCUUUGCAGUGACAGGAAUGGCUCCUAGUGUGAACCCAAGAGGUUUCCCCUUGAGGGGUAAUGGUAAUGGUACAGAUUUUGCACAUAUGGGCAAAUAAAUUCUAGUUCAUCCUUGCAUGACCAGACUAAUGGGAAGAGGAAAGGUUUGUUCAUGUGACUGACCUUACAUUCCAAAGCAUCAUACAUGUGAUUUUUUUUCAAAAUAAUUUUGACAUGAAAGUAAUGUUAUUAUACGUAAAUGAAAUGUUUCAAUGCAACAUAAUAUGGCAAAAGACAAAGCAGCUGUAUUAUAAUCAAAUAAUAAAAUUAAUAAAUA